CAUUGCAAUUUUGGAAGUGAACUCACUCACCGCUCUUCUCUUCUGGCUGAUAAACGGUGCGGCAGUUUGGAGAAGACGACCAGCCAGCCACACAUUCAAAUUCAAUUCAAGCUUCCCAUCCCAUCUUUUGUUUCAAAAAAUCUUUUUAGGAAUUAAAUCAAAAUUACAAAAAGUAAUUUAAUUUAAAAAUACUUCUCUCUUCUCUUCUGUUAUUUUGAACCCCCAGUGUGACAGUGUUCAACGGAGCACCCGACUUGACCGGAGUCUGAAGAGAUAGUUGCUUCUACUUCGUCUCUACCACAACUUCAAUUCAUUAUCAGUAACGCCACACAGUGGGGUGAAAGUGAAAGUUGGUUUUUCUUUCUGGGCUUUUAUAGAAGUUAGUUACUGUCUUCAGUGUUUGCUAGGGGACAGUAAACGAGGGAGAUAGUGGUGAAUAAAUGUUCCAGAAGCCUCCAGCAGUAUCCUCUGCUUUACGGGAUUCAUCUCAAAAUGGCAUUUUCCCGAUUAUAACUGAGUUCACCAGGCCUCAUUUAUCAGCCUUAAGGCCAUAUAGACUCGGAUUCAAGUUUGAGGUAGAACAUCAGCUUCAUAAACGUAGAACAACCAAAUUGACAACUAGAAUAUGUGCGAGUUACAACCCAACACCGAAAUCUCCUUUCAGAAGACAAGAGUCACAUCCCCAAAAUGUAGAUCUUCCUGAAAUACUAACCAAGAAAAAGAAGAAGCCAUACCCUAUCCCUUUAAAGAAGAUCAAGCAAGCUUCUAGGCAAAACAAAAAGCUAGCAGAUAAGGGAAUUGAGAAUCCCCUCGAACCUCCAAAGAAUGGACUGCUUGUUCCUGAUCUUAUACCUGAUGCUUAUGCAUUACUAGAUGCCUGGAAGCUUUUAAUUAAAGGUGUUGCACAACUUUGGCAUGUAAUUCCUGUGUAUGCUUGCAGUGAGUGCUCCGAGGUUCAUGUCGCUGAGAGUGGUCACCACAUCCAGAACUGCCUUGGUCCAACCAGUGCAAAACGCCGAAGCUUCCACUCAUGGAUCAAGGGAUCCAUCAAUGACAUUCUUAUUCCCAUAGAGUCAUAUCAUCUCUACGACCCUUUUGGUCGGCGCAUUAAGCAUGAAAAUCGAUUUCAGUUUGACAGGAUUCCAGCCAUUGUGGAGCUAUGCAUCCAAGCUGGUGUGGAUAUACCAGAAUACCCUUCACGGCGAAGAACAACACCAAUUCGCAUGAUUGGGAGGAAAGUAAUUGACCGUGGUGGAUUUGUUGAUCCACCUAAGCUAUCAAGCUCUACAAAUCCAUCUUCGCUCGUUGAUCUCGAUACGUACGGGGCUACUAUGCGAAUUCCACCUCCAUUAUCAUCGGAAAUACCUAGAAUUGCACAGGAAACAAUGGAUGCAUAUGAAGCUGUUCGAUUUGGAGUUACUAAGUUGAUGAAGAAAUACACUGUCAAGGGUUGUGGAUAUUGCUCAGAGGUUCAUGUGGGACCUUGGGGUCACAAUGCUAAGCUAUGUGGGGAAUUCAAGCAUCAAUGGAGGGAUGGGAAGCAUGGGUGGCAGGAUGCAACUGUGGAUGAAGUUUUCCCUCCAAAUUAUGUGUGGCAUGUUAAAGAUCCCAAAGGCCCUCCCUUGAGAAGUGCACUUAAGAGAUUCUAUGGUAAGGCCCCUGCUGUGGUUGAACUGUGCUUGCAGGGUGGUGCAAAGAUUCCUGAGAGGUACAAACCCAUGAUGAGGCUUGACAUUGUAGUCCCUGAAAGUGAUGAGUCGGGCUUAGUUGCCUGAUCAUUAGGUAAAUGUCAAUUAGAACUUAAUUUAUGCAUGUACAGUUAUUGUUUGAAGCUUGUUAUUUCAGGCGACUUGACAUCUAAAGUUAAGAUGGUAUGUAGAUGAACUACUUAGCUGAGACUCUUGUUGUAUCAGAAAUGGCUCUUUGUGACCAGCAUAUUGGUCAUGGUGCAACAAAAAAAGCUAGUCUUGGUCCCAA